AUGGGGGUCCGCUCGGCCACCAAGCUGCACAUAUCCCCGGCCCACUCCGCCGCCCGGCGCUCCCUCUUCCUGCCCCUCGCCGCCGUCGCCCUCCUCUGCUCCGCCUCCUACCUCCUGGGCGCCUGGCAACACGGCGGCGGCCUCCCCUUCUCCGCCCCCAGCCCCCGCUCCGUCUCCAUCGCCACCGACAUCACCUGCACCACCACCCUCACCCCCUCCACCCCGUCCCUCGACUUCUCCGCGCACCACGCGGCGGCGGCCGACCCCGCCGCGUCCAAGGCCGCCUCGUCCGCGUCCUCCGCCGCGCCGCGGAGGUACCCGGCCUGCCCCGUCGAGUACUCCGAGUACACGCCGUGCGAGGACGUGAAGCGGUCCCUGCGGUACCCGCGGGACCGGCUGGUGUACCGGGAGCGCCACUGCCCCUCGCCGCGCGAGCGGCUGCGCUGCCUCGUGCCCGCGCCCGCCGGGUACCGCAACCCGUUCCCGUGGCCCGCCAGCCGCGACGUCGCCUGGUUCGCCAACGUGCCGCACAAGGAGCUCACCGUCGAGAAGGCGGUGCAGAACUGGAUCCGCGUCGACGGGGACAAGCUCCGCUUCCCCGGCGGCGGGACCAUGUUCCCCCACGGCGCCGACGCAUACAUCGACGACAUUGGCAAGCUCAUCCCGCUCCACGACGGCUCCAUCCGCACCGCGCUCGACACCGGCUGCGGGGUGGCGAGCUGGGGCGCGUACCUGCUGUCCCGCGACAUCCUGGCCAUGUCAUUCGCGCCGCGGGACUCGCACGAGGCGCAGGUGCAGUUCGCGCUGGAGCGCGGCGUGCCCGCCAUGAUCGGUGUCCUCGCGUCCAACCGGCUGACCUACCCGGCGCGCGCCUUCGACAUGGCGCACUGCUCCCGCUGCCUCAUCCCCUGGCACCUCUACGAUGGGCUGUACCUGAUGGAGGUCGAUCGCGUCCUGCGCCCCGGAGGGUACUGGAUCCUCUCCGGGCCGCCGAUCAACUGGAAGAAGUACUGGAAAGGGUGGGAGAGAAGCAAGGAGGACCUCAACGCCGAGCAGGAGGCCAUCGAGGCCGUCGCCCGGAGCCUCUGCUGGACCAAGAUCAAGGAGGCCGGCGACAUUGCCGUCUGGCAGAAACCUGCCAACCACGUCGGCUGCAAGGCCUCCCGGAAGAAGGCCGCCGCCAAGUCUCCGCCUUUCUGCUCCCGUAAAAAUGCCGACGCAGCAUGGUACGACAAGAUGGAGGCCUGCGUGACGCCGCUCCCGGACGUCUCCGGCGCGAGCGAGGUCACCGACGGCGCGGUGCAGAAGUGGCCGCAGAGGCUCACCGCCGUGCCGCCCAGGAUCUCCGCGGGAAGCCUCAAGGGCGUCACAGCCAAGGCGUUCCUGCAGGACACCGAGCUGUGGAAGAAGCGGGUUCGCCACUACAGGGCGGUGAUCAACCAGUUCGAGCAGAAAGGACGGUACCGUAACGUGCUCGACAUGAACGCGCGCCUCGGCGGCUUCGCGGCAGCGCUGGCGAUGGCGAAUUACCCUCUGUGGGUCAUGAACAUGGCCCCGACGGUGGGGAACUCCAGCGCAGCGCUUGGCGUGAUCUACGAGCGCGGCCUCAUCGGAAGCUACCAGGACUGGUGCGAGGGCACCUCCACUUACCCGCGGACCUACGAUCUCAUCCACGCCGACUCCGUCUUCACGCUGUACAAGAACAGGUGUGAGAUGGACAUCAUCCUCUUGGAGAUGGACAGGAUCCUGAGGCCCGAGGGCACGGUGAUCAUCAGAGACGAUGUGGACAUGCUCGUCAAGAUCAAGAGCGUUGCCGACGGGAUGAGGUGGGACAGCCAAAUCGUCGACCACGAAGACGGCCCGCUUGUCAGGGAGAAGGUCCUCCUGGUUGCGAAGACAUAUUGGACUGCCAAGGACCGAGAUCAAUAGCACUAGUAGAAUAUAUAGUAUUUCUACAUGCUCAUAACUGAUAAGAACAUUGUUGCGCAGAUGAUCUCACAAUUGGGUCGGCAUUUCUAGCUUCAUGUACUAUUUCUGAAUGCUCUUUCUUUUCAUAUAGGAAAUCCGUCUCUAGUAAGUUGUAAAACAGGACAUGAUUUGUCUGGAUAGAUUGUCACUUGAUGGCCAAA